AUGGGUUGUCCUGUGCGAGGAGAAAGGCUGCUUAUUUGGUGCGUUGUGUUUUUCUGCUCGUUGGACUGUUACAUAGCGCAGUUAUCUUACUCGAUAUCGGAGGAGGUCGAUCAAGGAACAUUCGUGGGAAAUAUCUCAAAGGAUUUAAACAUACACUUACAGGAUCUACAAUCGAGGGAACUGCAAAUUGUGUCUGGGUACAAUAAAAGGUAUUUUGAUAUCAAUUUAAAGACGGGAGUGUUGUUUGUCAGUGAGAGAAUAGACAGGGAGGAGCAUUGUAGUAAUGUAGAAAAGUGCAUAAUAAAUGUAGAGGCCUUACUAAGCAAUCCUAUACAUCUUAAUAGAAUUGAAAUAAACGUUUUAGACAUUAAUGACAAUGCGCCAUUUUUUCUCGAAAAGUCAUAUUCUAUUAAUAUUUCCGAAUUAGCAGUCAGUGGAGAAAGGUUUCCAUUACCAGUAGCUAAUGAUCUCGAUUCACCAAGUAAUUCUAUUAAAACCUACAAGUUAAGCCCGAAUGAACUUUUCUCCUUAGAUGUCCUAAGCGGAGGAGAGCAAAGUGUUUCAGCUGAACUAAUACUGCAAAACUCCUUAGACCGUGAAAAACAACCGGUAAUCCAACUUACACUGACAGCUAUAGAUGGAGGAAAACUUGUGAAAUCUGGUACACUACAUAUAGUGGUGAAUGUGGAGGACGUAAAUGAUAACAUUCCAGCGUUUACUAAGCAGCUUUAUAAGGUUAGUGUGUUUGAAAACGCUCCACUAGGAACAAAUAUAAUUAAACUGGUAGCUACCGAUUUGGAUGAGGGCGUCAAUGGAGAGCUUUCAUAUUCUUUAACCGCAGGAUGGGGUUCAAAGUCCUCCAAAUUAUUCGCCAUAGACUCGGUAACUGGUGAUAUUACUGUUAUUGGACAACUGGAUCAUGAGGAAAAUUCUGCAUAUGAAAUUCGUGCACAGGCUCGGGACAAAGGUUCACCCUCCCGUGCAACCCACUGUAAAGUGCUUGUUGAAGUUUUGGAUGUAAAUGACAAUGCACCUGAGAUUUCAGUGUCCUCUGUUGUGAGUUCUUUAAAAGAGGAAUCUGCGUUAGGAACAGUGGUAGCAUUAGUGACAGUGACAGAUAAAGACAGUGGACAAAAUGGAGACACUCAGGUGUACGUUUCAAGUCAUGUGCCAUUUAAGCUAAAAUCAGCCUACAAAAAUUAUUAUUCCUUAAUUGUUAGUGGUUCUUUGGACAGAGAAGAUAUCUCUCAAUAUAAUAUAAGUAUCGCAGCUACUGAUAAAGGAAAUCCACCCCUUUCUAGCACCUCUGUAAUUACUGUACACAUUCUUGAUGUAAAUGACAACGCGCCACGCUUUACAAAAGAAACCUUUAAUAUCUAUGUUAAAGAGAAUAGUCAGAUUGGAGCUGCUAUUUAUACAGUGUCUGCCUUUGACCCUGAUGUUGGUGAUAAUUGUAGAUUAUCAUAUUCAUUAAUCGGAAUUUCCAAAAACAUGCAUGUAACAUCUCUAAUUAGUAUAAACUCUGAAAGUGGAGACAUCUACAGCUUGCAGCCAUUUGAUUAUGAAGAAAUAAAAACAUUUCAUUUUAAAGUCCAAGCCACAGACUCUGGAGUUCCUCCACUAAGCAGUAAUGUGACUGUGAACGUUUUUAUUUUGGACGAGAAUGACAACAGUCCCGGCAUUCUUGCACCCUAUUCCGAUCACAUUCACACCGAGAACAUUCCAUAUUCCGCUGAAGCUGGAUACUUUGUGGCCAAGAUCAGAGCUGUAGACGCUGAUUCUGGUUAUAACGCACUGCUUUCUUAUCACAUCUCUGAACCCAAAGGAAACAACUUGUUUAGGAUCGGAACCAGCAGCGGAGAGCUCAGGACUAAGAGGAGAAUGAGUGAUAAUGACCUGAAAACUCACCCUCUUGUUAUUUUGGUUUCUGAUAACGGAGAGCCCCCACUAUCAGCCACUGUAUCUAUUGAUGUUGUGGUUGUUGAAGGCACAAGCGACAUUCAGACUCAGUUCAAACAUGUACCAAUAAAGGAGGAGAGAUUCUCGGAUUUAAAUCUGUAUCUGCUUAUCGGAAUUGUCUCGGUUUCAGUGAUUUUUUUACUGAGCCUUCUAAGUUUAAUAGCUGUAAAAUGCUACAGAACAGACAAUAAUUUGAGCAAAUAUGGUGCUCCGAUGAUCACAACACAUCCUGAUGGGAGCUGGUCUUACUCCAAAUCUGCUCAGCAGUAUGAUGUGUGUUUUAGCUCUGACACACUGAAGAGUGACGUAGUGGUUUUCCCGGCGUCAUUUCCGCCCGCGGAAGCGGAAUUAAUCAGUAUAAAUGAUGAAGACUCUCUUUAUAAAACACAGACACUUCCUAACAAUAAGGUAAGAUAA